AUGGCGAACCGUGACAAGGACCUAGAAGAUGAGAUAUACGACAAGGUCGUGGACCUGACUGAGUAUGCCAAACGCCAGAGAUGGUGGAACAGAGUUUUUGGAAACAGUUCUGGACCAGUAGCUGAGAAGUACUCUGUGGCUACACAGAUAGCCAUUGGUGGAGUUAGUGGAUGGUGUACAGGGUACUUGUUCCAGAAGGUUGGGAAGUUAGCUGCAACUGCUGUUGGUGGUGGUCUUCUGAUGUUACAGAUUGCAAAUAAUAGUGGAUAUAUUCAAGUGGAUUGGAAGAGAGUAGAAAAAGAUGUCAAUAAAGCUAAGAAGCAACUGAAGAAAGGCACCCAUCAAGCAUCAACAGAAAUGGAUACAGUUUUUCAAAAGUCCACUGAGUUCGUCAAGAAGAACAUCGUCGUCACAAGCAGCUUUGUUGGAGGUUUCCUGCUUGGAAUGGCAUCUUAG